CUGCUGUAACAUGUUAUGGAUGAGGAACAUAAUCCAAUCAAACACACACCAAACUAAAACAUGCAGCUUCAAUGCAUGUGGUAUUCAUGACGUUGGCUUGUUGGAACACAGCAGUACUUCAAGUCUACCUGAAUCUUGACACAACAUUCUUUAUCCAUGUCCGAGCUUGUAGCGGCAGCUUCAGCGAACUGUAUUUACCUUAAUUAGGCUGUACAAUGUGUUGCUGAAAUGCACAUUAAGUUGCUGCUAUUUCAAUCUGCUCUCCUGACUUGAUACUGGCAUCUCAUAUCAGUUCAGUGAAGUGACCUACAUUGGUAUUAAAUUGCACGUGAAGAUGGAGUCCAGUGAUGACAUCGAUGCCAUGUUCAGUGACCUCCUUGGAGAGAUGGACUUGCUAACACAGAGCUUAGGGGUAGAUGACAAUCCACCUGAACCGAUAAAACCCAGUCACAACACAGGGUUCAACUUCUCCAUUGGCUUUACGGAUGAAAAUGAGUCUCUCGAAGACCUGGAAGAAACCGACUUUGAUGCCUUAAUGGCUGACUUGAUGCAAGGGAUCAGUGAGACAGAGAAAAUCUGUAAUGUUACAUCUCAAGCCUCACCAGCGCCAGACAUUUGGAAACCCACCACCACCCCAGAUUUCCCCAAAGUUCACUCAGGAGGGCCUCCGAAGCCACCGACCAGGCACACAGAGGCACCAAGUUUUGAUUUACCGCCACCUCCAGUUGAUUUAUUUCCCCCGAUCCCGUCAGUCUCUCUGCCUCAUCCAUCACCACCCCCUCCAGAACCUGCAGAACCAUUAACAGAGGAGGAACAAAAAGCCAAGGAAAAAACUGCCAAGAUUAAACUUGCUUUGGAAAAGCUGAAAGAAGCAAAGGUUAAAAAGCUUGUUGUCAAGGUCCUCAUGAAUGACAACAGCAGUAAAACUCUGAUGGUCGAUGAAAGACAGACGGUGCGAGAAAUUCUGGACAAUUUAUUUGAGAAGUCUCACUGUAACUGCAGCGUGGAGUGGUGCCUGUAUGAAAAUAAUCCUGAACUACAGAUCGAGAGAUUUCUGGAAGAUCAUGAGAUUCUGGUGGAAACCUUAUCCCACUGGAUGCGGGACAGUGAAAACAAACUUAUGUUCGUUGAACGACAAGAGAAGUACGCUGUCUUUAAAGAUCCGCAGAAUUUCUAUAUUGCAAAAAAGAAAACAGAAGGGAAGAAUAUGAAAGAGAAAAAUAAGGAAACUUUACUGGAGGAAUGCUUUUGUGGAACAUCUGUCAUUAUUCCAGAGCUAGAAGGAGCUCUCUUUGUAAAGGAAGAUGGUAAAAAGUCAUGGAAGCGUCGAUACUUUCUCCUCCGAGCUUCUGGAAUUUAUUAUGUUCCAAAAGGGAAAACUAAGACAUCUUGUGACCUGGUUUGUUUCAUCCAGUUUGAGAAUCUGAAUAUUUACUACGGAAUGAAUUAUAAAGCAAAAUACAAAGCACCAACUGACCAUUGCUUUGUACUGAAGCAUCCCCAGAUUCAAAAGGAAUCACAAUACAUCAAGUACCUGUGCUGUGAUAAUGCUUGGAGUCUACAACAGUGGGUAACUGGAAUACGAAUCGGAAAGUACAGUAAGACAUUGUACGACAAUUACAAAGUGGCAUUACAAAAGGCUGGGCUGGCAUCACGAUGGGCGGAUUUAUCAAAUGCCAAGCCUGUCGAUACCACCAACACCACUCCAGCUCCUCUUCAAGCGAAUGGCCACCCAGGACAAGCCCAGCGACCUCCGAACCCAAUUGGAGCCCAGUAUAAUGAAGAGGUGAAGACGACGAAAGAUAUUGACACCUUCCUCCCGCCACCACCUGCGCAAAUAAUGUUUCAAGGCCCUAACGAUUUUGAUGAAGAGGAUCUCCCACCUCCUCCUCCUCCAUCCUUUGAACCUCCCCCUCUGCCUUUCAAAGCUCCUCUAAGUGCAGCAUCACCAUCCAAGCCAAAGCUCUUCUCGAGACCUCCUCCAACACCUGUCCGAUCUUCAACAGCAUCAGCAGCACCACCUCCAACCCUACUCAAACGGAAAAAUUCAGGUGGGAAAAAUGCCAUCUUUACGGCGUUACCUCCACCGCCACCGGAUCCGGAGAGUUUACCAGAGCCGCCUCCAGAUUUCCUGCCGCCGCCUCCUCCUUGCUUUAACAGCACUUCAGGUGGAGGGGCACCACCUCCACCUCCACCCCCUCCUCCUCCUCCUCCUCCUGCUUCAGCUCCAGCCACCUAUGCCGCAAGAAUAGUCGUGCCGAAGAGGAGUGAAAACAGCCCCAAUUCUAGACCUGUUGUCUCGGACAAGCCAGACCUUAUGUCAGAUCUCAUGAAAGUCUUACAGAAAAAAAGAGCGGCACUGAAUGAAUAAGUACAAGCAGUUUCAAAACAAAGCUUUGAGUUCGUACUGAACAAUUUACCAAAAUGUUUUACGUUAUUUUAAGAGAGAACUGAAAUUCUAUCAAAGGGCAAAUCUAGCUUGGUGAGGUCCUCUUUUCAAUUUCUCUUACUGAUUCAGUUGAACUCAAGGCUCCACUAUUGAAACAUGUUGUUGUAUGAUUGAUGGCGAUGUUUAAAGUGUGAUCUCCAGUUUAGAAGGAUGUGAAACAGGAAGAGUUUGGACUCCUAACGGCCAUAACGGCCGGGAUUGCGGUCAAACAGCUCACAAACCAGAUCCAGAUUCACAUGAAGAAUUUCUGUUCGGACAAGUUAAUAAAAAGGAUUUAUCAGAUGCAACAAAUACAUUCUGCUUCAUUCUCAAUACAGUAUAGCAAAACAAAGAACAAAUUAAGUGCCUUGGUGAAAAUGGCUACCAACCAUGGAUUUUGAGCUUUCUUGGUUCCAAUUCUUUCUAGUUAAUAGUCCAAAAGUUUGUGUUUGUAAAAUUGAACAGUGAUACAGGAGGCAGAGUUUUCAGGCAAUUUACCAUUUUACGCUUAGUCUGGGGCUCCACUGUUUCAUUAUUGGCCAACAUACAAUGCAGUUUUGAAUUUGACUAACACCCUACUGAGAAGAAACUCAACCAGUCUCACCAAAUUUUCUGUGUUCAUAGUGCCUAAAAUCUUCGGAAACUAAAACUCUAUAAUGAGUAUAUUUGCAUUAUUGUUAUUAAAAUUUUAUAAAUAGUAUACCAUGGCUACCAUGACUAUCGAAGGGCCGAAUGGCCUACUCCUGCACCUAUUUUCUAUGUUUACCUAAUGUACUGCACAUUUCAGAGAGAAUUCUGAAUUUUCCUUUCUUCUGUUUUAAGAAUGAUUUUACCACUCACAGAAUCUGAUUUCCACACAUGGAGCAACUGCUGUUGAUGGGAAUAUCCGAUUAAAGCUAAUAUUCAUGGCAUUACAAUUAGUGUAUGAAAAGGUUCCCAAUAGUAAAUCUUACAUGGUUUCCUGAUGUCGAGACUGCAGAAGUCUUCACUGAAAUGCUGGGUGUCAGUACGAAUGGUCCUGAGGUCUGGGAAAUUUUAUGACUCGGACUUUUAUGGCACCAAUCUAGUGGGGAUGCCACAAUAUCCUAUUAAUAUUAUCAUCUCAAUGUGAGCAGCAAAGCUGAAUUAAAUCUGCACCUUGAACAGUCAAGUUUACUUUGCAAAGAAAAGGUAGCCCUGACAAUCCACAGCUCUUGCAGCUAUAACCCCCCGACUAUUAUCUGAAUGGUGGCCGAUUAGGAAAAGGGGAGGUGCAACGAGACCUGGGUGAGGUGCUGUUCCUCCAAUUUCUGGCAAUGGAGGAGAGCCAGGACAGAGAGGUCGGAUUGGGAAUGGGAGGGGGAGUUGAAGUGCUGAGCCACUGGGAGUUCAGGUAGAUUAUUGCGGACUGAGCGGAGGUGUUCGGCGAAACGAUCGCCCAACCUCCGCAUAGUCUCCCCGAUGUAAAUCAGCUGACAUCUAGAGCAGCCGAUGCAGUAGAUGAGGUUGGAGGAGAUACAGGUGAACCUUUGUCACACCUGGAACGACUGCUUGGGUCCUUGAAUGGAGUCGAGGGGGGAGGUGAAGGGACAGGUGUUGCAUUUCUUGCGGUUGCGACGGAAAGUGUCCUUGAAUGGAGUCGAGAGGGGAGGUGAAGGUAGGCAUGCAGGUGCAGCAGGCAGUGAAGAAAGUGAAUGGUUUGUUAGCAUUCAUAGCAAAAGGAUUUGAGUAUAGGAGCAGGGAGGUUCUACUGCAGUUGUACAGAGUCUUGGUGAGACCACACCUGGAGUAUUGCGUACAGUUUUGGUCUCCUAAUCAGAGGAAAUACAUUCUUGCCAUAGAGAGAGUACAGAGAAGGUUCACCAGACUGAUUCCUGGGAUGUCAGGACUCUCAUAUGAAGAAAGACUGGAUAGACUCGGCUUGUACUCACUAGAAUUUAGAAGAUUGAGGGGGGAUCUUAUAGAAACUUACAAAAUUCUUAAGGGGUUGGACAGGCUAGAUGCAGGAAGAUUGUUCCCGAUGUUGGGUCACAGCUUGAGGAUAAGGGGGAAAUCCUUUAAAACCAAGAUGAGAAGAACUUUUUUCACACAGAGAGUGGUGAAUCUCUGGAACUCUCUGCCACAGAGGGUAGUCGAGGCCAGUUCAUUGGCUAUAUUGAUUGAUUGAUUCUUUUAAUGAAGAACUUUUUUCACACACUGGUGAAUCUCUGAAAUUCUCUGCCAUAGGAGGUACUUGAGGCCAGUUCAUUGGCUAUAUUUAAGAGGGAGUUAGAUGUGGCCCUUGUGGCUAAAGGGAUCAGGGGGUAUGGAGAGAAGGCAGGUACAGGAUACUGAGUUGGAUGAUCAGCCAUGAUCAUAUUGAAUGGUGGUGCAGGCUUGAAGGGCCGAAUGGCCUACUCCUGCACCUAUGUUUCUAUGUUUCUAUGUCUGUGUGGUUAGUGAUGGACACAUUCACUCGAAUGACCACAAGUCACCAAAUUAAUAUGGAAACACCUGCCACAAGAAAUACCUCAUGCUCUCUUUAUUCAUCCCUACAAUCUAAGGAUCCCUGAGCAUGGUUGCAGAUCCAUUUCUUUUCAUAUAUAUGUAUCUUGUAAAUGGGGCUUUUCUAUGUUCUCUAUUGUGGAGCCAAUUACACCUGUUAGGAUGCCACCACCUAGACCAGAUAUGCUUACCUUGCUGAUCUCCAGAAAGGGUCUCAACUAAAGAAGUGAAUCAGGAACUAUCAGCAACCACAGACAUACCAAGCACAAAUGCUGCCAUAAGGGUUAUUAAUUUACCAAAGAGUUGUAGAGAGCUUGUACCAUGCACAAAGCUGACUGAAAUUCUUAGCAUAAGAGUCCUUCCAAUUUUCCAGUGGCCUUUGGUAGGUUCCCAUCAGGCCUUAUGUUGGAAAUACAGAGGAAGUUAAAUGUAACUUUGGUUGGAACUAGAUACUAUGGCACAACUAAAAUAAAAUUCUAAUAUUUUAACGGUAUUCUAAUAUGGUAAUAGGACAAUGUUGUAAUUUGGGAAAAGAGAGACAACAGCCAAGAGUCUUUGCAUUAAAACUGAACAGUCUGCCCUAUGCCUCCAUGAAGUGUAUGAGGGUGUGAACAAUUAGUAAAUGUUUUGUACAUAAGUAUGAAAGAAUGAUAAGAAUAAGUAAUUACAGAGAUAACAUUUGACGUACUUGAUCAUGCUCCUCUUCCAGCUGCGCCACUGUGCCGCCCAGAAAUCUGUAGACUGAGCAUUUUGCUUAAUAGAUAAAGUGGCUAUAAUUCAUAUUUAAUUACAUGAAACUCUGCUAUACCCACUUCUGUCAAUCUUGUUCCAUUGAAGGUAAAAAUAUUCAAUAGCCUACAAUGCUCCACGUACUUUGAAUUGCCAAUUCCACUGUUUUAACAGAAAAUAAAAAGUUAUAGAUUCCCUGUGACUCUCAGUAAAUGCACCGCGAUAUGUAACAAAGUUGACCAGGAUGGUCCCAGAUUUGAUAACUGGUUAUUGCUGAGUUUACUUAUUGCACCUAGAACUGAUCUCAAUGUCCUAAGAUUAAUAGUGAGUGGAAAACUGUCAUCUUCAGUAUCUGCCAGUUAUCUGUAGGUAUCUUCCCACGGGUCAUCAUAAAUCCCAUCAGAUUUUACUAAUCAGCAUAAAAAGAACUAAUUUAGGCAAAGUACAGUACAUAGAACAGUACAACUGAAACAGGCCCUUUGGUCACAAUAUCUGUGCCAAACUUGUUGCCAAGACCAACUCUUAACUGUCUGCACACAAUCUAUAUCCCCCAAUUCCCUGCAUAUCCACGUGGCUAUCUAAAAGUCCCUUACAUGCCACUAUUCUAACUACCUUCAUCCUCAGCAGCAAUUGUUUAAAAGAUCUUGCCCAGCACAUCUCCUUUAAACAUUGCUCCUCUCACCUUAAAGCAAUGCCCUCUAGUAUUUGGUAUUAACACCCUUGGAAAAAGAUUCUGACUGUCUGGUCUAUCUAUGCUGCCUAUAGUGUUAUGUAGUUCUAUCAGGUCUCCCCUCAACUUUCAUAUCCCAGAGAAAACAAUCCAAGUUGCUCCACCCUCUCACUGUAGCUAAUGCCCCCUGACCCAGGCAUCAUUCUGGCAAACCUCCUCUGCACCCUCUCCAAAGCCUUCCUCUAAUAGGACAACCAGACCUGCAUGCAAUACUCCAGAUGACACCUAACUAAAGUCCUAGAAAGCAGCAUCAUGACUUCCUGACAUACUCAAUGCCUUGACGAAUGAAGGCAUGUGUCCAUAUGCCUUAAGCCCCUGUCCCACUGUUCGAGGUAAUUCAAGAGUUCUCCCGAGUUUAAAAAUGAAUCGGACUUGUGGUAAGUAUGUACUUACCAGGAACGUUGGAGCUCGGGACGUCUCUUAGCAGCUCGUAACGCUAACGGCAGGUACCCAGUAAACGCGGUAAACUCGUGAAGAUUUUUCAACAUUGUGAAAAAUGUCCACGAGAGCCCCGAGAACCCCACGAGCGGCCGUUACCGUAAUUCUCCCAGUUGGAAUCAGGGGAAACUCGGGAGAACUCUUGAAUGACCUCGUACAGUGGGACAGGGGGCUUUACCACCCUAUCUACUUGUUACCACUCUACCAAAAGUGUGACAGCAGCAGCAUUUAAACUUUGACCUAGAAGGGCAUUGCCUAUUAAGAUGAUAGCGAUAGUAAGUUAUAGGAGUAGAAUUAGGCCAUUCGGCCCAUCGAGUCUACUCCGCCAUUCAAUCAUGGCUGAUCUCUGCCUCCUAAUCCCAUUUUCCUGCCUUCUCCCCAUAACCCUUGACACCUGUUCCCAUUCCCAGGAUCUCAACUGGUAAAGGAGUGAUGCCCUAAAUCAGGCCUUAUUAUGAACAGCUGUUCCUUGUCUUCAUGGAAAUUUAAUAUUUCUUAAACAAAUUUUGGAACAAUUAUUUGAAAAUGCCUCAACAAUGUAAUUUUCUGUGAGUGUAAUAACUUUGUGUUACUAUUAUUGCCAGUGUUUAUGUGAAUAAAGGUACCAUUCAUGCUC